CCCGAGCCAGGCUCCGGCCCACGGGCGCCGGGCCGGGGACAGCGAUGCGCGCCCGGAGCCCGGCUGCAGCUCGCCAGGCGGAGAGGAGCCCGCGCCGCCAGCCCUGCCCCUCGCUUCCCCUCGGGCAGGGGCCGCCUUGGUGCGGAGCCGGGCAGCCCCGGGCUCCCGCGGCGCUGGCCUGAGCCGCCCGCUCCCCUCGCCCGCGGCCGGCGGACGAUGAAGCAGCAUGAGGAUGUGUGACCGAGGCGUCCAGAUGCUGAUCACCACCGUGGGCGCCUUCGCAGCCUUCAGCCUGAUGACCAUCGCGGUGGGCACGGACUACUGGCUGUACUCGCGCGGCGUGUGCCGGGCCAAAGCCACGAGCGACAACGAGACCAGCCGGAAGAACGAGGAGGUGAUGACCCACUCGGGCUUGUGGAGAACGUGCUGCCUGGAAGGAACGUUCCGAGGAGUGUGUAAAAAAAUCGAUCAUUUCCCAGAAGACGCGGAUUAUGAGCAAGACACGUCUGAGUACCUCCUACGUGCCGUGAGAGCAUCCAGCAUCUUCCCCAUCCUGAGCGUGGCCUUGUUGUUCUUUGGGGGCCUGUGUGUGGCCGCCAGUGAAUUCUACAAGAACAAACACAAUGUGAUCCUCAGCGCUGGGAUCUUCUUUGUGUCUGCAGGUCUCAGUAACAUAAUCGGGAUUAUAGUCUAUAUCUCCGCGAAUGCUGGGGACCCGGGGCAGAGUGACUCCAAGAAGAGCUACUCGUACGGCUGGUCCUUUUACUUUGGCGCCUUGUCCUUCAUCAUCGCCGAGAUGGUGGGGGUGAUUGCUGUGCACAUGUACAUCGAGAAGCACCGCCAGAUCCGCGCCAAGUCCCACUCUGAGCUCCUGAAGAAGUCGGCCUUUUCUCGCCUCCCCACCUACCGGUACCGGUUCCGCAGGCGAUCCAGCUCCCGCUCCACGGAGCCCAGGUCCAGGGAUCUGUCUCCUGUCAGCAAAGGGUUCAGCACCAUCCCCUCCACCGACAUCUCCAUGUUCACCCUCUCCAGGGAUCCUUCCAAGGUGACCAUGGGGACGCUGCUCAACUCGGAGCGGGAUCACACUUUUUUACAGGUCCAUAACUCCAUCCCCAAAGAGUUCAAGGAGUCAUUGCACAACAACCCAGCCAACAGACGAACCACACCGGUCUGAGCCAGCUCCUCCCCACGCCGCUCAGGCGCUGAGCCAGCCAGGGAAGUAGGGAGAGGCGUUUUGUCUGGCUGCAUGACAUGAUCCUUGUGAUGGUGUUACCAGUGAAGCUCUGUUUUUAAAGAACAAACCUAAAUGGCUCCCCGCCCUGCCCCACCCCACCCUUUAAAUGCCACUUGCCAGGCCAGGCCACUGUGUUUAUGGUUGAACUGUGUUUGGGCCCCAGAAUCCCACCCCUUUUCCUUCUGUGGUUGGAAAGGGACAUCACCUUUGCUGUGACUCGCUGGGAGCAAGGCCCCUGAGGACUGGCAGGGUGGUUUUGAGUGGCCUCUGGGACAGUGACGUCUCAAAGUCACCAUUGUUCAUGUUGAUCAUAACAAUCACAGUGUUACCUUCGCUGUAUGUCCCAAUGGCAACAUUGGAGACAGCCUUGUUUGUGAGAACCAUUAACCCGAUAGUUACAUUUAUGCGAAAUUGCCUAGAAGUUCAGGGUAUGAAGCACAGAGUCGGCUAACGUAAUGAGUGCUCAUGUGGCUAAAACAUUUUGCCUUGUUGUAAUGGAUGGAGUGCUUGGGUCUGGGUUUCUUUCUGGCAUUUCGUGCAUGCAUUAAAUAGCUUGGAAUCCAAUUUCUUCAUGUUGGGUUGGAAGAAACAUCCUUUCAGUAAUUUUCUGUGAUUUUGGAAGGGCUUUUGGGGGGGGUGUAGGGAGGCAGAGUGCAUUCCAUUCAGAUCAUGUAAAUGGACUAAGAAGCAGAUUCCCUCCAAUGACUAGUAGCAACUAGACUGCAUUUGAUUACCCCGCUGAUGUUAAACUGAAAGAAAUAGCUCCCUGAAAUGAACACACACACGCAUAAGUGACUGUGUGGGCACAAUUAAGGAGGGGAUGUUUGGCCUAGUCUUAUUUUAGAAGCUGGGUUUGCAUCUGAGCCUCUGGCAGUGAUCUGCGUGUCACUGGUGUAUGAGUCUGUAAUGAAGAAUGUCUCAA